UUUCAUCGGCAUUUCAAAACUGAAAGGUUUUGAAAGAUGAAAUUUUUGAUGAGUUUUCAUAAAUAUAAUAUUGUGGCUUAUAGAAAAAUAUUUUUUCUUUUAAAAAAGUAAAAGCAUAAACUUGGUCUGUUAAAUAAAAUUAUGAAAUAUUUUAAGUAGUCAUUUUAUUUUAAAGUAGUUAGUUUCGAAAUUAGAGCUUUUAAGGAAUAAAAUCAAAAAAUGCGGCGCAGAUUAAAGCAUGUUGAAAAUCUAGAUAUUUUUCCUAAAGUCCAAGAAGAAUAUACCCAACCAACUACUUCUGGUGGAACAGUAUCAAUUUUGAGCUUUAUUGUCAUCAUAAUACUUGUUUACACAGAAAUUCGUUAUUACAGUUCAAGUCAGCUUAAAUUUGAAUAUAGUGUUGAUCAUGAUAUUGAUAGUAAGCUGAAAAUAAAUGUAGAUCUUACAGUGGCCAUGCCUUGCUCUAAAAUUGGUGCAGAUAUACUGGAUGUUACUAAUCAAAAUACACAGUCUUUUGGAGAACUUGAAGAAGAAUUAACUCAUUUUGAGUUAUCACCACCUCAUCGAGCACAGUGGGAUACAAUGCAAAAAAUAAAUUUGUACAUCAGAGAAGAAUAUCAUGCUAUUCAAGAUUUAAUAUGGAAAGAAGGAUAUUCAAAUAUUUUAAAAGGCUUACCUACAGGAAAUGAUGUUCCUGUUGGGAAACCUGAUGCUUGCAGGCUGCGUGGAUCCUUAAUUGUAAAUAAAGUUUCUGGAAACUUCCAUAUAACUGCUGGAAAGCAUAUUCCUCAUCCUGCUGGACAUGCACAUAUUUCAGCUUUCUUAAAAGAUUCGGAUUAUAAUUUUUCCCAUAGAAUUGAAAGAUUUUCCUUCGGUGAACCAACAGCAGGAGUAUUUGAUCCUCUAGAAGGAGAUGAAAAAAUUGCUCCUACUAAUUUCCAUAUGUACCAAUACUAUUUAAAAGUUGUUCCAACUGAAAUUAUCCACAAUAACAGGAAACAGAGUACUUAUCAGUAUUCAGUAACCGAACAGUCUCGUCCUAUAAAUCACCACUCUGGAAGUCAUGGAGUACCUGGAAUUUAUUUCAAAUACGACAUGUCUUUUGUCAAAGUAAAAGUUACUGUGGAUAAACACUCAACUUGGAGAUUUCUUGUUCGUUUGUGUGGUAUUAUUGGAGGAGUAUUUGCAACUUCUGGAAUAGUGAAUGGUCUUGUAAAAUUACUUAUAGACUUUGUCAAUAAAAAGAGAAAGGGAACACCGAACAAGGGAAGCUCACUUUCAUCUGUAAACCUAGCAGCAGUCCAAAUUCUAUGUGAUGACAUAAUUAAGGAACCCAAUACAACUGUGCAAUUAUAAAAAAUCUAUACAUAAUUUAUAAAUAUCAUGUAAUUUAAGUUUUAUAAUAAAUUAUUUUUUAUUUUGUUUC